AUGCUCUCCAGCAAGUUUUCGCUCAUUGCUACGGCUGUCGCAGCCCUAGCCUCGACAGUAUCUGCCUUCGAUGCUGCCUCAAAAUCCAACGUUGCGAUCUAUUACGGUCAAGGUUCUGACCAAAAACGUCUGAGCCACUUCUGUCAAGAAUCCUCCUCGGACAUCAUCAACCUUGGUUUCAUCAAUGUAUUCCCAGACCAGGGCAAGGCUGGGUGGGCUGGUUCCAACUUUGGCAAUCAGUGCGAUGGCACCGUCUAUGUUGUCAAUGGCCAGACAACCCAGUUACUGGCCGGCUGCCACCAACUGAUCGAGGAUAUUCCUCUUUGCCAGGCUGCCGGCAAGAAAGUUCUGCUCUCGCUGGGUGGUGCCUAUCCCGCCACUCAAAAGCUUCUCAGCCAGCAGUCUGCCACGGACUUUGCCGAUUUCCUCUGGGGCGCCUUUGGCCCCAAGGUCACGACUUGGUCUGGCCCUCGUCCCUUCGGUGAUGUUGUUGUUGAUGGGUUUGACUUUGAUAUUGAGCACAAUGGCGAUUUCGGCUAUGCCACCAUGGUCAACCACUUUCGUACUCGAUUCGCUGAGUUCCCCAGCCGUAGAUUCUAUCUCUCGGCGGCUCCUCAGUGUCUCAUCACUGACGCUCAGCUCGGUGACGCAAUUGCUGGAUCCGUCUUCGACUUCAUCUGGGUCCAGUUCUACAACACUGCUGCAUGCUCAGCCAGUGGGUCGGGCUUCAAUUUUGAUGCCUGGGUGAGCUAUCUCCAAAACACUCCCAACAAGAACACCAAGCUCUAUAUUGGCUUGCCCGCCAGUGCUUCCGCCGCCAACCCGGGCUACUAUAUCACCCCUCAACAGGUUCAGUCUCUGGUCUCCACCUACAUGGCUCGGUACCCCAACAACUUCGGAGGUGUCAUGCUCUGGGAGGCCACUGCGUCGGAGAACAACAAGAUCAAUGACCGUCCCUAUGCGGACAUCAUCAAGGAGGUCGUCCGCAGCUGUGAUCCCAACCCUCCUGCUACCACGACCUCGACCAGCACCACCCCAACGCCCACGAGCACCACCACUAGCACGACUUUGACAUCCAGUAGCCCUGUGUCUUCCACCCCGGUUGUCUCUGUGACCCCAUCGUCUAGCACCCCUGUUCCUCCAGUGACCUCGACGACCUCCACUUCCGCUGCAGCUUCCAGCACCCCAGCUAUCCCCGACACGGCUUCCAGUUCCGUCGUUGUCUCGAGCAGCUCCGCUGUUCCAGGCACUCCCUCUCCCUCGAGCUCUCCUGUUGGGUCCAGCACCCCAGUUGUCCCUGGAUCCUCGUCCAGCAGCUUUGUCGCCUCUAGCUCUCCUGUGGCAUCUAGCACUCCAGUCGCUCCAGGAUCCGCAUCCACCGGUACUGGUGCGUCAAGCUCUGCCGUUGCCACUAGCACCCCUGUCAUCCCUGGCGCCUCCUCCAGCUCUCCUGCAGCAUCUAGCGCCCCAGUCGUUCCAGGAUCCUCAUCAACUGGUACUGGUGCAUCAAGCUCUGCUGUUGCCACUAGCACGCCUGUCAUUCCUGGAUCAUCCUCUUCGGCUGAGGCGGCCCCAUCUUCGACACCUCUCAUCACCUUGACGAUCACUGUUUCGCCGACACCCUCCACGAUUCCCACUGCAUCCAGCUCUGUGAUUGUGCCUGGAAACCCGUCGUCGUCUGGCGGUGUGCCCAGCGGCUCCCCUGUUCGCUCGUCUUCCGCCUCUGCGACCGCACCGGCCUCGAGCUCGCCUGUCACUUCUGGCCAGGCAAACCCCUCCAGCUCAGCGGCCGUUUCCAACACUUCAACGACGACGACGACGACGGCGGCGGCCGAAUCCUCCAGCGUCCCCGUUUCCCCCGGCGUUCCUUCUGUCGGCUCCUCGGGCAUCCCCGAUGCCAGCACGGGUGCCACCACUAGCCAGUCAAGCCCCGCGGCCCCCUCUGGUUCGAAUCCGACCGACGUUGGCUCUUCCCAUUCGCAAACUGCUGGUCCGAAAACGACCACCACGGCUCCAGCACCAACCGGUACUGAUAAGAGCUCGACUGUCGGAAGCGGGAGUGGAUCGACCACCGACGCCGGUGUGACCCCCUCCAUCACCGCUGUGCCCACCGGUACCUCUUCGGCCGUUGCCCCUGGCAGCAGCUCAGACGUCAAGACGAUCACCACUAUCAUUAUCACUUCCUACAUCGACAUCUGCCCUACCGGCUUCACCACCAUCACCACCACCUACACGACAACCUACUGCCCGGCUACCAAUGCUGCGACUGCUACGGCCACUAUCACCAAUCCUCCGUCCGGCCCUGGUGGAUCGGGCGUGCAGACCCCUGCCCCCACCAUUCCUGAGGGCUGGACUACGACUGUGACCGUCUGCACCCAGUGCGCUGCCCAGCCCACCACCGUGACUCUGACCCUGCCCGUGACCACCGGGACUGCCGGAGAAGGCUCUACCGCCACCCAUCCCUCUGGCGUCUUCCCCACUGGUGGUGCCGGCGGCUCUUCUGAAGAAAAAGAGGAGGUUCCCCCUCCUGCCGGCGGUGCGGCCAGCACACAGACCCAGGUUGUGACCGUUGUGCACCCCACCUCGGGCCGCCCUGUGAUUCUCGGGACCGGUGGUGUGCGCCCGUCGUCCACGCUGGCUGUGAAGCCUUCGGUCAAGCCCUUAAUCAGCAGCAGCAGCAGCAGCGAACCGCAUGUGCCCACUGCCCCUAGCAAUACUCAAGAAGGUGUGUCACCCAUGUUUACCGGUGCCGCCUCGCGCAUGGCCGGCAUGGGUCACGGUGUGAUGGUUGGCGCCGUCCUCGCCUUGUCUGCCUUUGCUCUGAUGUAA